AUGGCUGAAGCUGACGUGAAGCUGACCACCGUGAGCACGGGCGGCGCCAAACUGGGCUCUGUGAUUCCAGCGGAGGCCCUUUCAAAGAGUGAGGGGAAGGCAGCCAUCGCCGGGCAGUGGAAGAUUCCAGGCGUGGCCGAGCCGGUGGAUUUGAAGGUCACUGGCUCCGAUGUAACCUCCGUGCAGAAGCCCUUUGGCAACGAGCCAUUGAUGGCGGUCAUCGAGGAAAGUGAGGAGAAGUUCGGGCUGCAUGUGACCAUGGGAGGAUUCCCCAUGAAGGCCUGGCUGAAGAAGGAAGGGCAACAGACCGUGUUGGCCUUUUCCAAUGGUGGACGUUGGUCGAAGCUCUGA